CAAAAAUUUGCAAAAAUAAAAAAAUGAAACUGACCUCCCUUCUCAGUUUAUCUAGUUUUAUCGCAAGCUGAGCCUAAUUGGACACACAAACUGACUGCCAAGAUGCUUGGAAGCGGAGAAUUAGGAGUCACAACUUUCUUCUCAUCCAGUAUUCCAAAUGAUAAAUGUGGAGCAAAUGGACUUCCCCUCACACCAAACUCUAUUAAAGUACUAGGCCAGUUUCAGCAGCUCAUUACACUUAGGCAUCCUAACCUGUGCAGAUAUGUUGACAUGAUCAAAUGCAAACAUGAAAGAGUGAUAGUUGUCUUUGAACACCAUAGAAAAAACCUCGCACAAUUGGAGCCUCAUGUAAAAACUGAUAGCAAGCUGCUCCAGGUAUUUGCAGAUGUUCUAGGGGGUCUGUUUUACCUCCAUGGAGAAGGUCUAGUGCACAGCUACCUUGGUCCAAGCACUAUACUCCUGACAGAAGAAGGAGUUUGUAAAUUAACACAUCAUGGUGUAUAUGCUAUGACUGGGUGUGGAGCCCAUGUCACAUUUCCAGUUGGUCAAGUAAAAUACUCAGCACCUGAGAUAUUCUGCAAACUCCCAGGAUGUGAGAGUCGCAAUGGGUCAAAGGUCGACACCUGGUCCCUUGGUAUCACCAUGUUAGAAGCUUCUUUGGGCAUUACUCUGUGGGCAUCUCUAUCAGUAAAGCAGAUCAUUCAGAGAAUUCUCAGUUUUCUAACUAUAGAUGUCCCUGUGAUAGACCUCAUCAUAAGGGACCAUAAAUGCCCCGAAAAACUAGAGAAGAUGUCCUCCUCCCUGCAGCACCUCAUUACACGCUGUCUCAAUGUGAACCCCAAACAAAGGCCUACAGCUGAAGAACUGUUGGAAGAAGCCUGCCUCCAACCAUAUAGAAAAGUACAUGAGAUCAGAGGAUUAAAUGGGUGUUGUAUGUUCUCUACUGGUCUACGAUGUCAGAAUCUUGAACUAAGCGACUUUUCUCAAGUGGAAGAUGAAGAGCUAGAACCACUUAGAGAGCUUGACAUAGACCAGGUGUAUUACCUCUGGCAACUAGCUGGUGGAGAUAUAAUCAGAACACUAGACAAUGCUGGCAAGAUCAAAUCCAGGCCACCUAUUACAAAUUUGUACAGUUUCGUAUGUGAUGAUGGGGAAAGUUUUGGUGCUGAGAGAGAUAGUUCUGUGCUGUUUGAUGAUCACAUCUUAGUGCUUUCCCUAGACCAGUUGAAACAGAGGCUGUCCAACUUAGAUGAAACAGCAUACUACCCACUGUUAGAAGAAGAGAAUGAUGAAAGCAAUGGUGUUGGUGGUAAUGGCUCCUCCAACAUUGAGCUGAAUGAAACCGCUACUUUACCCCUCGUUAUCAAAGAGAAAGACAUAGAAUACCAGUUUCACCGCAUCUUGCUGUACAAGCGUCUCUUAGACGGCUAUCCAUACAAACGUGCCCAAAUAUGGAAGGAAGCGCGUGUUGAUAUCCCUCCCCUAGUAAGACCAAUGGUUUGGGCUGCCCUUCUAGAAAUUGAGGGAGAUGUGUAUGGUCGCUACAUUGCAAUAGACAAAGACUCACCAACCCCCACUGACAGACAGAUUGAAGUGGAUAUUCCUCGCUGCCACCAGUAUGAUGACCUCUUGUCCUCUCCCAUGGGUCACCACAAAUUGAAGAGGGUUCUGAAGGCAUGGGUCAUGAGCCACCCAGAGUUAGUUUACUGGCAAGGCCUAGAUUCACUCGCAGCUCCAUUCCUUAAACUUAACUUCAACCAAGAAGCCUUGGCAUUUGCCUGUCUUGAUGCCUUUAUACCAAAAUAUUUGAACAUGUUCUUCUUAAAGGACAACUCACUUGUCAUUCAAGAAUACUUGGCUGUCUUUAGAAAUCUGAUAGCAUUUCACGACCCUGCACUCAGCAACCAUUUAGAGGAGAUAGGCUUCAUUCCAGAUUUAUAUGCAAUCCCAUGGUUUCUUACAAUGUUUGCUCAUGUAUUCCCACUUCAGAAGAUAUUUCACCUGUGGGACACAAUGUUGCUAGGCAACUCAUCUCUACCUCUAUGUAUUGGUGUUGCUAUCCUGCAUCAGUUGAGAGAUACAUUGCUGUCAUUUGGCUUUAAUGAGUGCAUUCUACUUUUCUCCGAUAUGCCAGAAAUAGACAUUGAGAAAUGUGUCCAAGAUUCCAUCCGUAUAUUCUGCAGUACACCUCGUAGCGCCACCUUUAGGCAGUAUGCCAAACAAAGCAAAUCUGAGACAUCAAACAAACCUUGGACAUCAUAUUAUUCCACUGACCCAAACACAAUCAAGUCAGCGCUGGACUCUGAGCCUAUACCCCUGGAGGAACUGAAGGCAAAUAGGUGUUCCCGUAUAUCUGCUGCAGAUCUCAUAGAGCUUGGGGAACUGGCAGGUCCAGUUGGCACCAAGAGUCCAACAAAGAAGACAAAAAAUAGCAGACCUAAAAUACUCAUCAUAGAUAUUCGAAGUCCAGAAGAAUACCAGAGGGGGACUGUACCAGGGAGUGUCAACAUUCCACAUACAACAUCAUUUUCGGUGGAGGGGACACUGAACCCCACCCCCCAGGUGAACACACUUAACGCACAUAGGCUACAGGUCAAGGUCAUCAUUGGUAGUCAAGGAAACACAUCACUUAAUUUUGGCAACAAACUAGUUGCCCUAGGCUAUAGUAAAGUGUGUGUGCUACAUCGGGGAAUUGAGGCCCUACGCCCAACUGGACUUCUUGUAGUGCCACCUAUUGAGGCCCAUACUUAACACAGGGUACAUUACUACACCUACAUGUACAAGCUUAAGGAGGCAUGAACUAGAAGAUUGACAAAACAUCAGACCAUUUAGCUAUUCUGGAUGCUAAAAGAACAUUUGAUUACCAAUAUAGUGUUGGUAAACUAUAAUAUUGCCCUUUAUAAAUUGUAAAAAAUGAUUUUUUCCUACAAAAAUGCUGUAUGUAUUAGUGCAAU